AUGGUUUAGCAGGCAGCCCAGCACAGCGUCAUCUGGUCUCCUACCAGGAAGCAGGCUGUGAGCUGGGGGAAGGACAGAUAUGAAUGUGUUCCCAAGGGUUCCUGGUGGUUUAUGGCAUCCUCCAAAGUCCUGUCCGAGAGCUGUUCCUGACCAAGAAGACCCACGGAGACUGACCCUGAAAUCUAGUCCAGAUGAAGACCUAAGAGGAAAAGAGUGACUAUGGUUUUUGCUCACAGAAUGGAUAACGACCAGCCACCUGUGGUUACUGCUACCCUGCUGGCGCCCCUUCAGAACCACAGCUGCAUGGAAGCAGCCGAGGCCCUGCUGCCCCAUGGCCUGAUGGACUUCCAUGAGGAACACAGCUGGAUGAGCAACAGGACAGACCUUCAGUAUGGACUGAACCCUGGAGAGGUGGCCACAGCCAGCAUUUUCUUUGGCGCUCUGUGGUUGUUCUCUAUCUUUGGCAAUUCCCUGGUGUGUCUGGUCAUCCACAGGAGCCGGAGGACUCAGUCCACCACCAACUACUUUGUAGUCUCCAUGGCGUGUGCCGACCUCCUCAUCAGUGUGGCCAGCACACCGUUUGUUGUGCUGCAGUUCACCACUGGAAGGUGGACCCUCGGGAGUGCCAUGUGCAAGGUAGUGCGUUACUUCCAGUAUCUCACUCCCGGCGUCCAGAUCUACGUGCUCCUCUCCAUCUGCAUAGACCGCUUCUACACCAUCGUCUACCCGCUGAGUUUCAAGGUGUCCAGAGAAAAAGCCAAGAAGAUGAUCGCAGCCUCCUGGAUCCUGGAUGCAGCCUUUGUGACGCCUGUCUUCUUUUUCUAUGGCUCCAGCUGGGACAGCCAUUGUAACUACUUCCUCCCUCCCUCCUGGGAGGGAACUGCCUAUACGGUCAUCCACUUCUUGGUGGGCUUUGUGAUUCCCUCUGUCCUCAUAAUCUUAUUUUACCAGAAGGUUGUAAAGUAUAUCUGGAGAAUAGGCACUGAUGGGCGGACCCUGAGGAGGACAAUGAACAUUGUCCCCAGGACAAAGGUGAAAACGGUCAAGAUGUUUCUCCUCUUGAACGUGGUGUUUCUAUUCUCCUGGCUGCCUUUCCAUGUGGCUCAGCUCUGGCACCCCCAUGAGCAAGACUACAAAAAGAGCUCACUUGUCUUCACAGCGGUUACAUGGGUAUCCUUUAGUUCUUCAGCCUCGAAACCCACUCUCUACUCGAUUUAUAAUGCCAAUUUUCGGAGAGGGAUGAAAGAGACUUUCUGCAUGUCCUCCAUGAAAUGUUAUCGCAGCAAUGCCUACACCAUCACCACCAGUUCAAGGAUGGCCAAAAGAAACUAUGUUGGCAUUUCAGAAAUCCCUCCCAUGAGCAGGACGAUAACCAAAGACUCCAUCUAUGACUCAUUUGACCGAGAAGCCAGGGAAAAGAAGCUUGCCUGGCCCAUCAAUUCAAACCCACCAAACACUUUUGUCUAAUUUCUAAGAAUUCUUUCACUGUUAUGUGCGGAGAUUAAAAGGCUUUAACUAUGA